AUCCAAAAAAGAAUAGCUUAUUAAGCAAGAGUCAUCAGGGAAGAAUCUAAUUUUUAAUGGCCCAUAACUAUGAAUGUUUAGAAGUUGCUUUGGAGAAACAUUAACCUGAUGUCUACUGUGUACUGACUGAAUGCAUUGUUUAGAGAAUUAGUGGGAUUUACAUUUAAUUAUUGGAUUUCAAAAAAUUUGGUUUACCUUUUGAUUCUUUAAUUACUGACCACUGAUUGAGUCAAGUAUUGGCCGUUUGGAUCUUUGAUAAAAAAUGAAACUAUUGAUCUUUCAAGCUUGCCUUUUCUCCCGUUCCAUUGAAGUUCUAAUUGUUUUCAUUUUUUACUAUGAAUUUUUUAUUUACUUUGGAUCUGACAUUGAAGCUUUUUCAGUUCCUAGAUGUGCAUGUUAUAGUCCUUGUAACUUCAAAUUCUUUUCAGUUCCUGGCAAAACUUUUUCGGUUUAUAGAGCUUUUUACUCUGUUACAAACUAAUAUUUGGCUAUAUUCUUUUGCACAGACUGUAAUUCUUCUAAGGAAAUCCAAAUUACGGUUAAAGAUGGAUUCAUCAAGCAUUGAAAGUAAUAGCAUUGAAUGGAAUACGGAAGAUGAACUUGACGUGGAUAACAUAUCCUCUUCUAGUUCACAUCAAGAUCAAAUUGCAGAUUUUGCGCCGUCGAGUUCUUCUUGUAACUGUCGAGGCUCAAACACCAUUCAUCAGUUUUUGCAAAUGGGAUUUUCAAAGGAAAUGGUUAUCAAAGCAGUAAAGGAGAAUGGACAAAAUGAAGGAGCAGUGCUGGAUGCUCUUUUGACAUAUAAGACCUUUGAGGAAUCACCAGAGGAUGAGCAGGUCCUUGUUGAUCCAUGCCAUGCUGAGCUAGCUAGCAAUGUCUUGGAUGUCUACCCUGAUGAGGAAAUUUGUGAAAACGAGGAAUUCAAAAAUCUAUCAACUGAAAAGGACAGAACUGUGUCUCUUCUAGUUGAGAUGGGCUACCAAGCUGAGGAGGCUUUGGCUGCUAUUGAUAGAUGCAGCCUAGACACCCCAAUAGCAGAGCUAGUAGAGUUUAUCAGUGCUGCUCAGUUUGCGUAUCAUACAGAUGCUCAGCUUGGAGAACUGUCCUACGACAAUAAGAUUCAUCAGCACCAAAAGUUGAAUGGACCUGUUUACAUGUCAAAAAAGAAGAGGAAGUAUUAUGACAAUGAAAUGCAGAAGCUCCAAAAACAACGCAAGUAUCUUGAGAAACAGCCAAUGGAUCAUGAUAAUGAGAUAGUUCAUCUGCCAAAUCCCAUGGUAGGAUUUGGAGUCCCAAAUCAGCCAUCACCUGUUUUGUUUCAAAGAAGAAUUCCUGAUGAAGCUGAAGGCCGGCCAUAUUUUUACUUUGAGAAUGUCGCACUCGCUCCUAAAGGAGUUUGGCACACAAUGUCACGCUUCCUAUAUUACAUAGAUCCUGAGUUUGUAGACUCAAAAUUCUUCUGUGCAGCUGCAAGAAAGAGAGGCUACAUACACAACCUUCCCAUCGAAAAUAGAUCCCAACUCUUGCCCACCCCGCCUUCUACCAUACAUGAGGCACUUCCGCAUACAAAGCAGUACUGGCCUUCUUGGGACAAAAGAAUGCAGUUGAAUUGUAUACUGACAUGUAUUGGAAGUGCAAAACUCACGGAUAGGAUAAAGAAGGCAGUUGAGAAAUCGGGUGAUGAUGAGCCUUUACCCGGUGUUAAGAAGUAUGUUAUUCAACAGUGCAAAAAAUGGAACUUGAUUUGGGUUGGAAAGAAUAAGGUUGCACCACUUGAACCCCAUGAAAUGGAAAUGCUAAUGGGCUUCCCGCCAAACCACACACGUGGUGGAGGAAUUUCUCGCACAGAACAGUAUACAGUCCUUGGUAAUGCUUUCCAGGUUGACACAGUUGCUUAUCAUCUUUCCGUGUUGAAGAGCAUGUUCCCUGACGGAAUUAGCGUGCUAUCACUGUUCUCUGGAAUUGGUGGAGCUGAAGUGGCAUUGCACCGGCUUGGGAUUCCCCUCAGGAAUGUUGUUUCUGUUGAGAUAUCAGAAACUUGCAGAAAAAUACUUAAAAGUUGGUGGGAUGAAACCAAUCAACAGGGCAAGCUAAUUCACUUUCAUGAUAUCCGAAUGCUCACUGCACAUGAGCUAGAGAAAUGCAUGUCGACAUUUGGCGGUUUCGAUUUAAUCAUCGGUGGGAGCCCUUGCAAUAAUCUUGCGGGAGGCAAUCGGUCUACUAGGAAUGGGCUUGAAGGUUCAAAGUCUUGUUUGUUCUUUGAGUAUUAUCGGAUCAUUGAACUUGUUAGAUCAAUGAUGAGGCAUCGUUGAGGUGGAUGUAAUUUUUCCCGUGGAUGCUUGACACUUACUUCUACACCUUGUGAUAACAAUUUCCUUGCCAGAGGAUCAGGGCUUUAUUGUCCAGAGAGUGUGGAUGCAAGUACCUCUUUUGUCUUUCACACUUGUGUUGA